AUGCUGUUGCAAAGGCGAUCUUUGCAUUCACGCCUGGAUUUAUUGCGGGGUGAGUGUGCGGUGCAGAAGCGUGUCCUCGACGGUCAGCAGCGGCAGAUUGGAUAUGCGGGGGGAGUUCCGCGUGAAUUUGACCUUGGCGACAAGGUCUGGGCGAAACAAUUCAGCAAUAAUGAUAAACGGGGCAAGGGCGUCAUAGAACAGAAAGAGGGCUUGCGAAGAUACAUUCUCGGCAACGGUGACGGUCGACGUAUUAAAAGACAUAUAGAUCAAAUAAGACGUAGGUCGCGCCUAUCCGAUGUUACCUGUCCGGAUGUAGCUAAUAAUAAG